AUGAACACCAUCUCGAAACCCAAGAAGGGUUUGGGCAACUCCAUCUGGGCCGCCCGAGGCAAAGCCCAGCCCUCGUACAAAUACCAGCCAAACCAGUUUGUCUCGUCCGUCAUCACACCCGCGGCACCACGACCGCCCUCCCCGAUCAAGAACGGCGCCUACCGACAAGCCACGACUGCCUCGACUGCCUCGACUGCCUCGACUGCCUCGACUGCCUCGACUGCCUCGACUGCCUCGACGCCCCAGGAGUUCAAGCGAUACAUCCAAAUCGUCCGCCGACUGAAAUGGAAGCUACCGUACCUGAGCCACGGAUACCACCACGCCAUAGCACGGCCUGGAUCCCCACUGUACGGGGGCGAGACGGACGCCGAGGAGGCGGAGCUCAUGUUCAAGCUCGACUUUUACGAGUAUUACAUGUUGCUGGAGCGAGCGUUGGUGCAUCUGAUGGGGGUGUUUGGGAUUACGAUUUCGAGGGACGGGUGGGUUACCACGACCACGAUGACCAAGCAGGGGAACGGGACACAGCAGGCGACGCAUACGUACCACCAGAACGUGAUUGCCGCGCUGGAGAAGGAGGAUAACCCGCUUCAUGAGGCGCUGGGGAGCGGCGAGGUGGUGUUCCAGCUGUUGAGAGCCAAGGAGCUGCGGAAUCGGUGGAAGUAUGCCGAGGAUCCGACCGACCCAGACGGCAAGGGGAAAACGGGUAGGCCCGUGGGGGCUAGCAUGGCGGCGAGGGAGAGGGCUGGGACGGCGCCGUUGGAGAGUUAUGACCUGGACAGGAUUUUUAGGUACAUCUUUGCCGGGUUCGAUGCUGGGUAUGCGGUUGCGGAGCAGUGGGUGCAGGCGGAGGUGGGGGUCGGUGGUGGUCAAGGUGGUGGGGGUGAGGUUGUUGAGAUGGAGGAGGAUGAGUUUGAUUUCAUGGUUGAGGCUAUGGAUUGGGAAGCUGUCUAG